AUGCCCAUCCCCAACCCUGCCAACACGACCCACGACACCCCGGAACUCGACUGCAUCGACUUCUCCGGCAAGACCGUCUAUGGCGACUUCCGCGACGACAUCGUUCGUGACGGGUUCGCUGUCGUGAAGAACGCUCUCUCGCCCGAGCGUGCCCAGCACUACGUCCAGGAGAUCCACCAAUGGCUCGAGAACUUUGGCCUUGGCUACAAGCGUGACGACCCUUCGACUAUCAAGGAGGAGUGCUUGCCUAUCAUCCACCAGAAGGGACUCCUCCAAGCGUACGGAAUUCCUCACGAGAGCUUCACCUGGGGCGUCCGCUCCGAGCCCGGCGUGAUCGGGGUCUUCGAGAAACUCUUCAAUACCGAGGAUCUCCUCGUCUCGUUCGAUGCCGUCAACGUCUCGCUCCCUAACCGCCGCGACCUUCCUCCCGUCAAGCCCUGGGCACACCAGGACCAGGACCCGCUCCGUCCUGGCUUCCGCUGCAUUCAGGGCUUCGUCAACCUCAACCCUUGCGGCGACAACGACGGAGGACUCAUGGUCCUUAAGGGGGGCCACCUCAUCUCGAAGGAGUACCACGAGGCAUUCAAGAACGAGGAGCAAGAGUUCCGCUGGACGAACGAGAUGUACCUCUUCAAGGACACCGGCUUGAAGUGGCUCGAGGAGAAGGGUCUCGAGUGGGUCAAGGUCAACUGCGGACCGGGCGACCUCGUUCUCUGGGACUCUCGCGCGCCUCACUACAACGUCGCUCCUACGGGCGACAUGGCUCGCUUCGUCGUCUACACCGCCUACGCGCCGGUCUCGACCGCAACGAAGGAGGACUUGAUCCAGAAGAAGUGGCUCUUCGAGAACACCAAGGGUCACUCUCACUGGCCGCAAGGUUUCCAGCCUUUCGUCGAGCAGUUCAUCGCCCCGAAGCGGAAUGGCGAGCUUGACCCGCACAACAACUGGACGCCCCGACAGAAGCCCGUCUUGAGCGAGCGCGCGUUCAAGUUGACGGGGAUUCCUUACCUCGAGGCCAUGUCCUGA